AUGGCAGCGAGAUGGAGCGGUCGAGGCUGGAUUCUUGCUUUGCAUUUGUAUCAUGCAUUGAUCACGAGCUCAUACACAAGCUCAUUGGUCCUCAGCCGGCAGAUACCGAACCCAUACGCCUCUUUAAUCGCAAGCCGUCGGCCAGCUCCAGCUCCCGUUGAUGUCGACUUCACGGUUCGUUUAUCGGUUUGGCAACGAGGUUCUCGUCAGGCGAAUUCUCAACUCGCCAACCACAUCCGCUCCAUUCUUCGAGAGAUACACGGGGGAUCAGAAUCUUCAAACCAUUGGACUACCACCACCCUACCUCGCUCCAUCGAUCCAGCGGGGCCAUGGCCUCAACCAACACAGGUGGAUAUUUCAUGCCGAAGUAUGGAUAUCUUGCCACCGAAAUCGUCCAGUCAAGAGGAUAGAUUGGAGGACCGUAAGGGUCUCGUUGACUUCUUGUUCCAACAAUUCCAGGCAUAUAUGAGCAACCAAGACUAUGUGAAGUCAAUCUACUUCGACCGCCUGAUCGGCUUCGCUCUCAAUCAUCCGGCGAUUCCAGAUGGGGAGACUUCCUACAGCAGAAUCGACAUCCAGGAGUUUCACCUCCCAGAAAAAAAAAGGGAGACACUCAAGACCAAAAUUGUUCAAACUAAGUUCUACCAUGGACCUCUCCUGGCCUUGGAUCGUGUGGCAGAGGUUGUGAGAUCGUACAAGGAAAUGAGACAAACGAUUCCGAAUGGCAGUUUUCCAAAUUCCAAAGCUGAUAUAGGACUGGCUGCCGCAAAAGCAGCAGUUGGGGUGCUACCUGAUCUAAUGGAAAUGCAUCCUUUGUUGAAAGAUCUCGAUCGAUCUACCGUUGACGAUUUAGUUCAUCAAUACACCCCGUCAGUGGUAAGAUGUAUGGAAGAAGUUUUGGACGCUUUGGAGAACAUGGCCAUGGAUACCACGCUUACUGCUGUGUUGAUUUUGCUCGCAGAUAAGAAGGCACAACAGAAAUAUAUAUGCGCUCUUCGACACUGCUUCUUAGUUAAUUUCAAAGUCAUUAUUGCUAAUUAUCGGCUCACAGCUUUAAUUAUCAAUGUCAACGUCAAUGAAGACCUCGAAAAGAUAUCUAACGGUAUCGCUAACCCACACAGCGAUGACGAUCAAGUGACUGAGAUUGUGAAGAAGCUGUAUGGUCGCCGACCAACACAAAUAGCGAGAAAGCACUAUCGAGCAAGAUUCUUACACGUACUGAUCAGAGAACUGGCAAAUGAUUUUCGCAAGGUCAUUGUACGGCUACGAAAACUUGGAUAUGCUCGUCUGGAAAAUACGGAAUGGACGUCGAAGCCUCUGAUUACUUUAGAGGAGAGUACGAUUUCGUUUUAA